AGCAGAGCUUUACUUCACACACUGUCCCGGGCCGCGCGUCUUUACGCAAAACCUCCCGGUGUCCAAGUCAACUUUUGGAAUUGGUACUCAGGGAUGGCUGCAUCGGUUCUGGAGGAGGAAACACGUUAUGGCUCAAGUCCUUUGGCAAUGCUGACCGCCACCUGCAACAAAUUUGGCAGCACCAGUCCAGUUCGUGACACAGCUACACCUGGAAAACCCGGAAGUGCAGCAUUAGUAAAGAAACCUUACAGCAUGACUUCUGACCUGCAGACUCCAAAAAAUGGCCGAAGCAGUGAAGGCCUAGUAGACUCUUAUAGCAGCUCAUUCAGUACAAGUGGAGGCCUUCUUACUCCCACCGGCAGCCCCCCUCCACCCACAGGAGCAUACACUGACUACAACCCUUUCUCCACUUUCCAAUCUUCCUCAGCCUCUCAGGAUCCUUCACUAUUGGUGACCAAAGCACAUGCCACAGCUGACUGCCUGACCAGUGUCUACACCUCGCUUGACAUGACGCACCCGUAUGGCUCUUGGUACAAGGCAGGCAUUCACCCUGGCAUCACAACUGCACCUGCCAAUGCUACGUCCUCCUGGUGGGAUGUGCACCCUAGCUCUAACUGGCUAAGUGCUGGCCAAACCCAGUCGGAUGGUCUACAGGCCCCUCUGCAGCCUGUGGCUCCUCAGGCCUCCCUUAGCCCUCCUAUGUCCAGCUAUAGCUCCGACUUCACUUCCUUAAACCCAGCACCAUAUCCUUCUGUGGGCCUCAGCUCCUCCCCACACCUCCUACAGUCCUCCCAGCAUAUGCUCCCACAGGACAUGUACAAGCCCAAGCCAGUAGCCAGUGGCAGCCUCAUUGAGAGCCCCAUGGGCCUAAAGCCAACUCGCGGUUCUGGGGCAUAUACCGGCAGUUCUGCCACCAGCAGGUCCUCUUGUGACUGCCCCAACUGCCAAGAGCUGGAACGUCUAGGUGCAUCUGCUGCCUCACUGCGCAAAAAGCCUGUACAUAGCUGCCACAUUCCUGGUUGUGGAAAGGUCUAUGGCAAGGCCUCGCACCUCAAGGCCCAUCUGCGCUGGCACACAGGAGAACGACCUUUUGUGUGUAACUGGCUUUUCUGUGGAAAGCGUUUCACACGCUCCGAUGAGCUGGAGCGCCAUGUGCGCACACACACGCGUGAGAAAAAGUUCACAUGUCUGCUAUGCAACAAGCGGUUCACACGCAGUGACCAUCUCAGUAAGCACCAGAAAACCCACUCUGAGGCCAGCCUGCAGGGCAAAGCUGGGAGUGGAGAGAAUGAAUCAGAACCCAGGGGCCCAGAUGAGUCUGUGGACCCAAGUGAUGGGGCUCCAGCAGGUCCAGGAAAUGGCAUGCAAGAGCACACAACUAAUGGAGAGGAGAAGAACACCACAGGAAACCCAGUAGAGAACAGUAGUGGACUCCUGGAGAUUUAACCACCAUAUCUGAGGAAAAGAUCUUCAGAUUAAGCUGCUGUUCUAAUCGGUGCUAAUAAGCAUUUUUAAAAUAAAAUAGAUAAGUGUUUUUUCUCUGUAUUUGUUUUUGACAACAUUCUUUCAAUACAUUUUGUUGCCCCUAAAGGGAAAAAAAUGCACCACUAUCAGAUAUUCUCCUGUGGAACAUGAAGAAACAGUGUGUGUGGGACAUUAACAUGAACUUUUGUUUGAUAUGCCACCUAGUCAGGCCUAUGACUUGGCAAUGGUUAUUUUAAUGUUAAUUUACGGUGUUCAUUUUUUAAUCUUUGUCCUUUCUGAUCACUAUCUUAAAUGUUUUAGAUGGUAUUAUUAAAAUAUGAGGAGGUGUAUUUUUUAACAUAGUUUUGUCAUUCAGACAUUACCACCAGUUGUUUUUACAGAAGGAGCAGAGUUUUUUAGAAGAACUAGUUUUGCUUAUUUAAUCACAAUAAUUUCUAAUGUUAAAAUAAUUUUUUGAGCUGUCCCUCGCAGAUCAGGGCUCAUGAGUCUGUGGAAGCUGCAAAAACAUGGACUCCAGUGUACAGUUUAGUAUUUUCCAUGAGUUCCAUCCGAAUGCUGUUUUUGUCUUAUUUAAUUUCCUAUUUACAUUCAAUUUUAUUUAUGCUUUAAAUUAUGAACAUUAACAAGAGACAAUCUUGCAUUUAACUGGCAUUAAAAUAGGAAAUGGGAAACAGUCAAUAAAAGCAAAGCCAGUCAUAAAUAAAUAAAGAUUUUGCAUUUUGUGUAAUUAUUUAUUUAUUUUUUUCACUGUUAAUUUUCAGGUUCUGAUGGCUGUUGUAUGAACUCUGUUUGUGGUAUAUUAAAUGCCAAAUUGUAAGGAUUAAAGUGGAUUUUUCUGAAGUGUCAAUUUAAUUUUAAUUAUUAUACCUGUAUGUAAAUAUGAAACUCAAGUUAUGAAUUCCAACUGUAUGUCUUUAUAAUUAAAUUAAGUGAAAUUCA